AAAUCUGAUGUAAUUGAACACUGGAGGGUUCAUACAGGAGAAAAGCCUUAUGAGUGCAGUGAAUGUGGGAAAUCUUUUACUUCUAGCUUUGCCCUCCAUUGUCAUCAGAGAGUUCACACUGGAGAGAAGACUCAUAAAUGUGGGGAAUGUAGGAAGUCUUUACCUCUAGCUCUGCACCUCAUUAUACACCGAAGAAUUCACACAGGAGAAAGGCCUUAUGAGUGCAGUGAAUGUGGGAAAUCCUUUAGCCAUAAAUCUUUCCUAUCUCAACACCAGAGAGUUCACACUGGAGAAAGGGCUUUUGAAUGUAGUGAACGUGGGAAAUCUUUUACCUCUGCCAGAUUUUCAUACCUCUCUAAACACCAGAGAGUUCACACUGGAGAAAGGCCUUAUGAGUGCAGUGAAUGUGAGAACUCCUUUACUUUUGUCUAUUCCCUUGGCUAUCAUUAGAGGGUUCACAAUGGAGAAUGACCUUAUAAGUGCAGUGACUAUGGGAAAUCUUUUACCAAUAGCUCAAUACUCAUUCGACAUUGGAGAGUUGAUACAGGAGAAAGGCCUCAUGAAUGUAGUGAUUGUGGGAAAUCCUUUACCCAAAGAAUUCACCUCAUUAUUCAUCAGAGAGUUCACACAGGAGAAAGACCUUAUGAAUGCAGUGAAUGUGGGAAGUCUUUUACCUCUCGUUCCACCCUUCAUUAUCAUCAGAGAGUUCACACAGGAGAAAAGCCAUAUGACUGCCUCAAAUGUGGGAAGUAUUUUAGCCAAAAAUCUAACCUCUCUCAGCACCAGAGAAUUCACACUGGCAAAAGGCCUUAG